AUUCCCGCAGGGACAGAUUUUGACGGGAGUGGACCCUCUCGCUUCGUUUCGUCCUCUCUGGCACUAGCCUACUUGGUCAGCUGACUGCAAAACAUCUGACAAGGGAARAACCAGUCUCGACAGAUUGACACCCUGGUUAACCAACUACUAUUCGCAUCCUAUGUACAUCGUCCAAUUAGAUUCGGAGGUUGGUUGAAGAGCAGGGUUUUCGGCGAAAGGGAAACAUAGGGUACCCGAAGAUCUAAAGGAGAAUAUUACAACACACUCUCAGGAUUUGCAAGUAACAUUGGCAUUAUUGAUGCAUUUAAACUGUAUUUUACGUUUUAUCGGYGGUGUGGAAGGAUUUGUCGGUAAAAGCAGGACUGCGUAAAACUAAUAGGGUGAGGGGGGGAUUGGGGGAAGCGAGCGUCGUCGGGUCAAAAUGUCGAUUCAGUACGAAGUGGAACCGCUGGCAGACAGCUACGGGGUAGCGGACUCGUUUCCCAAAGAUUUUGGCUAUGGAGAAGAGGAGGCCGACAUCGAGGAUAGCCCAACUCCAUCUGACAGCAAACCUAGAAUUCUGUUGAUGGGUUUGCGAAGAAGUGGCAAGUCGUCAAUACAGAAGGUGGUAUUCCACAAAAUGUCUCCCAACGAGACGCUGUUCCUGGAGAGCACCAACAAGAUCUACAAGGACGACAUCUCCAGUAGCUCGUUUGUCAACUUCCAGAUCUGGGACUUCCCGGGUCAAGUGGACUUCUUCGACCCUACCUUUGACUACGAGAUGAUCUUCAGAGGCACGGGGGCUUUGAUAUUCGUCAUUGACGCACAGGAUGACUAUGUGGAGGCGUUGGGCAGACUCCACCUCACCGUCUCGCGGGCCUACAGGGUCAACCCCGAGAUUAACUUUGAGGUGUUCAUCCACAAAGUGGACGGCCUCUCCGACGACCACAAGAUCGAGACCCAGAGAGACAUCCACCAGAGAGCCAACGACGACCUGGCAGACGCCAGCCUAGAGAAGCUUCACCUCAGUUUCUAUUUGACAAGUAUCUAUGACCACUCAAUAUUCGAGGCCUUCAGUAAAGUGGUCCAGAAGCUUAUCCCACAGCUGCCAACACUGGAAAACCUUCUAAACAUCUUUAUAUCUAACUCGGGCAUAGAGAAGGCCUUUCUGUUUGACGUGGUCAGUAAGAUCUACAUCGCCACAGACAGCAGUCCGGUGGACAUGCAGUCUUAUGAGCUGUGCUGCGACAUGAUCGACGUGGUUAUAGAUGUCUCCUGCAUCUAUGGUCUGAAGGAGGACGGCAGUGGUAGUGCCUACGACAAGGAGUCCAUGGCCAUCAUCAAGCUGAACAACACCACAGUCCUCUACCUGAAAGAGGUCACCAAGUUCCUGGCGUUGGUCUGCAUCCUCCGGGAGGAGAGCUUUGAGCGCAAAGGCUUGAUAGACUACAACUUCCACUGUUUCCGGAAGGCCAUCCACGAGGUGUUUGAGGUGGGCGUUUCCACACCGUGGACGGGCUCCCAGGCGGCCGGCACGCCCUGCACCAAGGCUGUGACACUCAACGGCACGCCCCGGAGCACYGUCUAAACACAGACAGACAGACCGACGGAGAGAUGAUAGGAAAGACAGAAAGAUCUAAAAUGAAGAUGGGGAGGGAUUGUGCGGAGAAGACUAUUGGAUUGGGGUUUUCAGUAAACCAAUCAUAUCUCUCGCACCCAGAUCCUAAAAAUCACAGGAAGAGGACUAGAGCUAAAAAUUCAAAUGGAAGAAUCAGGGCUGAACCCGAAGCUCAGAGGGUAAGGAGGACUGCGAGCUUACAAAGCUAGGAUGGAAGGGAAACUAAAUGCAGAGAUACCAGGAACAUUCGUACAUUUUGUGGGAAUACAAGGCAUUGUUUUCCGCUGUUCGGCACGAAAACAGCGAAAUGAAAGUCCAACUGGACUGGUAUACACAAGCAAAAGCGUAUUUGGCAUUUGGGAACUUUCAGUGAGAUUAGGCCUCACGUGCUGCAAGUCCCUAGAGCCCUGAGGAAGCUUGGUAAUAUCGCUGUCUGUUUUAGCUGCUGGUUCAUCCAUGUGAAGAAGUACUUAAAAAAAAAAAAAAAUGAAACCUUGAGUAACCCUCGAUAAGGACAAGAAACUGCAAAGGCAGUGUGGGGAUCAGUAUAGUUGUGUAACCCUGUGCAGACUUAUGGGUCGAAGCCUCUAAGAAAUGCUUGGUGUUUAUCCAAAACGCACAUAGUAACACUUUCCCAAGGCCUUACUUAGAUUGAGCUUGCCUGUUGCAAACUUUCUCUCACUACUCACUUGCCUGUAUGCUGCCCAAGACUUUGCUUCUGGUUUCACUACUUCUGAAGAAAACAGUGUUCCUCAGAGUGCAAAAGGGAUUGUAGUGUCCACAUUUUUCUGCUUCUGUUCUGCGUGUGUGUGUCCGUAAAAGAGGAUAGUUGGUGUUUAUGGAUUCAUGACUGCCCCAUCAUGUUGAUUUGCCAGUGUAGGCCCUAUGCUCAAAGUUGUUGAAGUGUCAUACUGUAUAAUGCUAUGCCAUGUUGGAAAACUGAGCUAAAAAAUAAAACUGUUACCAGCGGUUUGUUCAGUGAUGCUUUGCUGUCUUGCCAAGGCGUGACCAUGAAUAAAAUAGUUGGCAAGACGGCACAAACAGAUCUCGGACUAGUCUAACUAGGAAAGGUCUCUGAUGGGAUCUGUACAUUCCGGUUGUGUGGCAUAGAGCGACAUAUCAUUUUAAUGAUGGUUACGAUAAUGAUAAACAGAAUGGUGGCAAUUAAAUGCCGGUCACCACUUCUUCAAACCUUACCUUACGUGAUUAGUCGAUUCAUUCACUCAUUCCCCAUCGCGCCGUCUGGCGCAUAUAGGACAGAAACAACGACUUUGGAAAUCUUCUCCACUGUGCUUUAGCUCUACUGAUGUUGGUCAGCAUUUCGGUGUCUGUUAGGUCAGUCUGAGUCACAAGGAGUUGGGCCAUUGCUUCUUGUUUGUCUGAGGAGGUUGGGGUUUAAUGCAUUAGGCCAACAGAUGUGGAGUGUCCUUCGCAGACAAGUUGUGUGGAAGGUGAAUUGUUUGUUCAGGUCCAGUUCAGUCACUUUCCAGCACUCUGUACCAUAUAGAACAACACUGGUGGAUUUAGAAUUUGGUCUUUGUGCUGUUAUCUUCACUUACAAAUUUGUUGGAACUUUGUGAAGGUUUCACUUUAGCUGAGGGUUCUGUGCAAGGACUUUGUCAGUUUUAUCACAGCAAUCUACACGCAAAACAAGAGCCGCCGCAUGAAGCCAAUAGGAAAACCCAUUCCAAGCAUGUAUGCAAUAAUGUGUCGUCAAGCUAAAUUAUUCUCAACAUAACAUUGCUCAUUGUAUUUCACUGUGGGUAAGGGAGACCAGGUCUAACAAUGAAAAAUUAAUCCUGGGGAAAAAAUGACCAAAUUGCGUUUUUCUGCCYUGAAUGCAAGAAAGGUGUUGUUUUUUUGCCUGUUUGUUUUGUUCAUUAGAUUUUUGCAAAUAGUAGACAUUUGGGACUAUAGUAAAUCCACUGUUGUCAGUUCUGCCAAAGUUUUUAUCAUUCACAUGAAAUAAACACUUGCACAUCAAAA